AUGUCUGCCGAAGUCGAGAACCGCCCGCACUCGCCCGAUGCCGCUCCGUCGCAAGCCAUUGGUGCAAAGACCCAACCCUCCCGAACGCUCUCGACGACUUCCACCAUCUCCCAAAGCUCCAGCAACGAUGCCACCUCACGAGACUCGCUGGGCAGCGAGCUGUCGUCUCGCAUGUCCUCUGCAUCGUCCCGCAUGUCCACGGCGUCGUACCAGUCCAGCCUCUCUGGAAGGUCAUCUUCCAGGACUCGGCGCCGAGGCUACAUGCGUCCCCAUGGCACCGACUUUGCGGCCAGCGCCAAAUCCCGCGAGAGCGUCAUGAGCUUGGGCAGCAUCGCGCAUCUUCAAUACUACUUUGCCCGGACAGGCCUUCUCGAUGGCAAGGGCGGGCAGCUGGCUCGUAAGAAGCAGCCGCGGGCGACGUUGGACUUGGCAGCCCUAGAGGGCACAGCGCCCAUGAUGGUGCCCACGCCCACGACUGCUGGCUUCGACAUGGACCCCUCGUUUGUCUCCAUGGGCAGCAGCCCAGAUCUGUCAGGACAUGGGUUUAUCACGGAUAACACCGUCGAGUCUCCCACCGGCAUGGACGACAUGGACGACUUCUACGAUGGCUUCCCCGAGGAGGACCCGGACAUGCUCCCACCCACGGCUAGCACCUACAACCACCGAGAGAAAGUCAUUCCCAAGCCUCCCACGGUUGCGGAGCUGAAGACGGAGCUGGAGAGCGCCCUGCAAGAUGCCCUCAAGGUCCUCAAGGAAGCCAAGGAGCGGAAGGAGGGAUCAUACAAGGCAUCCAGCGAUGCGCCUCGGUACCCCAACAUGCCCGACGAAAACACCCAAAGCUGGUACGAGCUGCAGGGCAUGAACAUCCUCGACUUUGUGACGCUGGCCAUCCGCGCCGCCAAAAACUACUACACCGCCCACGAGCUGCCUGACCGGCUGGAUGCCAUCAAGUCGGAAAGGCAGAUCCGGACAGACCUUUUGAGCGUCAUGGAGGUGCUGAAGCAGAUGGCCACGAGGAACUUCAAGGGGGGCAUGCGCGAUGAAGAGAUUGCCACCAUGACGACCUGGAUCGAAAGCGUCUUUGACAUCCUCAAGAAGGAAGCCAACAUCGAGGCAUCAGAGCAGGCCGAGCGACAGAGCUGGGCGUGGAUGAGGGGCGACUGGAAAGGCAAGGAGUUGGAGCGCGAGCGACAGUUUCUCAUGUCCAUGGUUCCGGACGACGAGCCGCUUCCCGAAUGGACGCCAGCAUCCAACGACGCCGAUCUGCCGACGCCCUUUUUGGAUGCCAUGCAGAACGGCCUUCUACUUGUGAGGCUGCACAACGCCGCAGUCAAGAAAUCCAGGCGGCGAUUCGGAGCGAUCCCGACCUUCCACGUCGACACACAGAAGCCGUACCGAAGCGCCGACAACCUCCGUUACUGGGCCAAGGCCGCUGAGCUGCGCUUUGAGUGCAUGAUUUCCAUCGACCCCCUGGGCAUCGUCUACAACAACGGCCCCCAAGUCUGGCUAGAUUUCGAAGCGGCCAUCCUCAAGUGGUGUGCCCAUGUGAGGGAAGAAAUCACAAACGAGUUGGUCUAA